GCUUUGACUUUAGACCGAGUAAUAAUGGGCUUUUGAUGUCCAGCUACGCGGCAACUUCUUGGAUCGGAAACUAUUCUAUGUCAAAGUUGUCUAAUUGUGCCACUUCUCAUUCGAACAAUCAGUGCAUCUUUCAGCCACAACUGAACAUGUUGCUCUCUCAGCUAUUCAUUCUCUCAAUCUUUAUGUUUAUCCGUCAAGUGAUCAUCUCUGCCACUAACAUUCAUGAAAACAUUGCCAUUUCAUGUGGUGCUUCUGGCAAUUCCCCUGCACCUGAUGGACAAGUAUGGGUUGGAGAUGCAAGUUUCAGUUCUUCAUUGCUACAGUUAAGGGGGAAAUCUAUAAAGUCAAGAGUCCCCCACCCAGCUGGCAUGGAUCCAGUUCCUUAUAAGUCAGCUCGAACGUCUCGCCAUGAGUUUACCUACCAGUUUUCAGUGAAACCGGGGCAGAAGUUCAUACGCCUGCACUUCAAGCCAGCUUCAUACAAAGGUUUCAAGAAGUCCAAAGCCAUUUUUACAGUAAAAACCGAUCAACAUACCCUGCUCAGUGACUUCAUCCCUACACUUGCUGCUGAUGCUCUGGGCAUAAACUAUUUCAAAAAGGAAUUUUGCAUCAAUGUACAUGAAAGUGAAGCAUUAAGCAUAACAUUCGUACCAUCUCGAAAUCCAAGCUUUUUGGAAGACACUUAUGCUUUUGUCAAUGCAAUCGAGAUUGUUUCCAUGCCUGCUGGUCUGUAUUUCACACCAGAUGGCGAUCAGGGAGUCCGUGUUGUUGGACAAAAGCACAGAUUCUACAUUGACAACACCACAGCACUGGAGACAAUUCAGCGAGUAAAUGUUGGUGGAAACUCUAUUUCAUCCUUGGAAGAUGCAACCAUGUUCCGGGACUGGGAAGAUGACUCUACUUACCUGAUAGAAGUUGGUGCCUUUUUGAUCAACAGAGCCAUCGCAAUCAGAUAUUCAUCCUCAGCAACUCACAUCGCACCAAAAGAAGUUUACCAAACGGCCAGGUCAGUGGGUGCAUACUGCCAUUCGAAUGUCUGUAAUCUCACAUGGAACAUUCCACUUGAUUUGGGAUUCAGAUACCUUGUUGGCUCCACUUUUUGUGAUGAACCUGCGAUGAUAAAUGAAGGUGAAAGGAAUUUCACUAUUGUCAUAAACAAUCAGAAUGCUGAAGAUGAAGCUGAUGUGAUCAAAUGGAGUGGGGGACAUGGAAUUUCUGUAUACAGAGACUAUGUUGCCAUUAUGGAGGGUGAUAGAAGGGAAGGUAAGCAUAAACUUUCUAUAGUUUUGCAGCCAAAGUUUGCUACAAUCAGUAACCAUAGUAGCGCCAUCUUGAAUGGGCUAGAAGUAUUCAAGAUAAGCAACCCUGACAAUAAUCUUGGCAGUGUGAGCCCUGCGCAUCCUGUUACCAGUUCAACACCAGAGAAAUCAGAGCAAUCUGUGCCGUUUUCUACAAAGAAUAAAAUUGCAACUGUACUGACAUUGAUAGUCACUUUGAUCAAUGUCUCUGUUUAUUACAUUAGGUGUCUUUCAGAGAUGAACUCUGGAAAGAUGAACAAUAGACAAUCUUCUAGAGACCAUCAGUGUCGUCAGUUCUCGCUGGAUGAGAUGGUAAGAGCAACCAACAAUUUUGAUCCUCAGCUUGUCAUUGGACGCGGUGGAUAUGGCACAGUAUACAAAGGGAAUAUUGAUGGUGGAGAUACCACUGUAGCAGUUAAGCGAUUAAAAUCAGGAUCUAGCCAGGGGGAGAUUGAGUUUUGGACCGAAAUCAAAAUGCUAUCUACGCUCCGCCAUGAGCACCUUCUAUCCCUAAUUGGUUACUGCAAUGAAGGUCAUGAGAUGUCAUUAGUUUAUGAUUACAUGCCUCGAGGAUCACUUUCUGACCACCUAUACAAAAUGGACAGAAGGGGUCACGAUGACUCCUAUCUGUCUUGGGAACAGCGGCUCAAAAUUGCUAUAGGUGCUGCACGUGGAUUGGAUUUCCUUCAUACAUCUCAAAAUAGGGUUAUACAUCGCGAUGUCAAAAGCUCAAACAUUCUGUUGGAUGAAAACUGGGGGAGUAAGAUUUCAGAUUUUGGGUUGUCCAAAAUGGGAGGAAAUGAAUCAGCUACUCAUGUUAGUACACAAGUCAAAGGCACAUUUGGAUACCUCGAUCCGGAGUACUACCUGACUAAUAGACUGACAUGGAAAACUGAUGUGUAUGCUUUUGGAGUAGUACUUUUUGAAGUUCUCUCAGGAAGGCCGGCAGUCGAUAUGAGACUUCCUGAGGAACAACACGGACUUGUAGGAUGGGCCAAGCAAUGCAUCAAGGAAGGAGAAGUUAAUAAGCUUAUUGACCAGAAUCUGGCAAGGCCUAUCUCAUCAACUUGUUUGAAGGCAUUUGUAGGAAUUGCGGCGAAAUGCUUGGAUGAUCAUCCACAUGAACGGCCUCCAAUGUCUAAAGUGGUGAAAAGCCUGGAAUUAGCAUUAGUUUUUCAGCAGAGUGCAGCUGAUGGCAUCAUUUCAUUUGAUGACACAUCAACAUCUCAGUCAAAGCUUGAAGCAGAUAGGGCAUCCAUCAAAGAGGGUCGUAAUGGCGUUGAUAUAGCAAAAAGGAGUGCCAGUUCAAGGACAAAGGUAAAAUCUAAGGAGAAAAGUCUUUCUAUUGCUUCACUAAGGUGGUGGGAUUUUCUUGGCCUUUUUCCAAAAGCACCACCAAAGCCAAAAGCCUCACCAACACAGCCACAAGGACUUCGCCGCUUCUCCCUCCAUGAGAUGCUAAAGGCUACAAAAGAUUUCCAUGAGAGUUUGAAAAUAGGUUUUCUAGGAGCUGACAGUGCAUAUGUAGGCUUCAUAAAUGGUCGAAGUGUUGCCAUCAGACGGUCACAUACUGCAGAGUCAAGACUUCACAUGGCUAGUGAGUUGCAAGCUAAAACAGAAAUGAGUCCCUUGCCUAGCCAUGUCAACAUGGUGUCUGUGAUUGGGUUUUGCAGAAAUGCUGCGGAGAUGAUCCUUGUCUAUGAUUAUGCAGCUAGAGGGACCCUACAUGAUUAUCUCCGUGACCUUGAUAAGAAUCCUCUCCCAUGGAAGCAGAGGCUUGAGAUCUGCAUUGGCGCUGCAGAGGGUUUGAACUAUCUUCGGUCCAUUCUGAAGAUAACAGUUCUUCAUUGCAUUUUCGACUCCUCCUAUAUUUUAUUGGACGAGAAUUGGGUAGCCAAAGUUUCAGAAGUUAGCUGGUCAAAAACAAAAGGGAUCAAUAAGGCGGGGGCAAUUCAUGGCAUGGGAUAUUUGGAUUCAGACUACUUACGAGAUGAAAGAUUGACAGAAAAAUCAUACGUAUACUCAUUUGGCUUGGUGUUGUUUGAAAUGCUAUGUGCCAAUGAAGCAUUGGAUCAAUGGCAGGAUCAGGGACAGGUCAGUCUAGCCCAAUGGAUUAAAACAUGUUCUAUGACUCUGACUUCUAAUUAUAUUCACCCAUGCUUGGUUGGAAGAAUAUCACCUGACUGCUUUGAGCUUUUUGUAAAUACUGCAAUUAACUGCCUGCACGACGAGGGUAACAAACGUCCAUCAAUGAGCGAUAUAAUCACAAGUCUCAAGGAAGCACUCAAGCUGCAAGAGGCGGCUAAGAUUACUUAGGAACUGUUGUUUUAGCGCUAAUGUUUUUUCAGAUUUUUCUACCAAGUCAAGCUGAAAGGAGAAUUGUGUGAAGUUCUGCAAGGAUCUGUACCAAUUGAGAAAUAAUGUUGCAUAAUGUAUAUUUAUCUUUCCAAAA